AUGUUCACAUCAAUUUCUGAAAAACAUGACUCAGCAGCCUCUGUACCCUUCUGGGAUAUGGAAGCCAAACCAAAGAAACUUCACAUUCAUCAGGAGUCCCCGUAUCCUAAAACCUUUAGGGACCAUAAUGAGGCACAGUCUCUUAUCCAAGAUGAAAUUCACCACCUGGAGUGGCAUGUGCUGCAGAAGCUACUGGAAGGUUUGUGGGGUGUACCCUCUGUUGUCCAAAGAUCUCAGGAAGCCUUUUGUCCUCCAGCUUCUAACCUUCCUCAGCACCACCAGCCUUACUAGGCCCAUGCUCUAGUCUCUAUCAUUCCUGAAAAUUUUCCUCUCAGCAUUGAGUUCCAGAAAGUAUUAGAACACCACCUUCGAAAGAGUCUCAUCCAACACCAUCAGAGCAGCAGGGAUCUAAAGGGUGAUGGACUGAGCCACCGCAGAAGCGUCUAUGAAAGGAGCCUAGAAAUGCUUCACCUAGAGAAGGACAUCAGGAAGGAUCAGGGACACAGCCUAGAGAAUGUCCCAAAAGAUCAUCUGUCAAAAGACCUAAAAAGCUCUUCAGUUAGGGUUCUGGGGUCUGACUCUGAAAAAGAUCCAAAAAGCCACAGGGUAAGUCUGGACUACUGCCUGAAUACUUCUCAGGAGUUUCUAUUUAUUGAUUCCAGCACAAAACAGAGGUUGGAAGGCCAUAUUAAAAGUUUUCAUACAAGGAUGAUAUGA